CUUAUAUUAUUAAUUUUUUUUUACUGGUGUUCAGAGGUAAACUAAUGAUCAAGAGAAGUAGCCAUUUUGAUGAAAUUUUGUCUACUGAUGCCGAUCAAGGGUUUAGUAUUUUAUUUUUCGCUUGUUACGGAGUGAUUAAAAUGUCGAACGCGAUGUUUAUGGUUUUUAAUUAAAUGAGCUUAGUUGGUGUAAUUUAUAAUUUUAAAAAGUUAUUUAAUCGUAGAUAAACAAAUGGUGCAGUUCUUCUUGGUUGUGUACCGAGAUUGCUAACAUUUCUCGUUUGGUGUUUGUCAUCAGUUUCGGGAAAAAUAGAUGUUUUAAUUUUAACCACAUCAACCAAGCGAUUAUUUCAGUUUUAUUGUUUCUGAUUAUCAGUGUAGGUAAACUUUAUCAUUAGGUUAUUGUGAACUUACGUCUUUAGAUCAAUCUGUGUUAAUAUCCUUAUUUUUCCAUCUUCCAAAUUAUGUAUUAUCAGAGGAAUCUUAACGAUUUUUUUUGUGACUUCAAUUACUUUUUUCAUUGUAGGAUUCUAUAGGAUGGUUUUGUAAUUUACUCAAUUUGAAAAAAAAUAUGUUGAGUGAUUCAAGUAAUUCUGAUGGCUCACCUAUUAAAAAUCAGCGAAAGAAAUAUCUUAAGGAAUCAUCGGAUUCAGAAGAAGAAAAUGAUAACAUUUCAAAACGGAAAACUGUUAGGCGCCGAAGGGUUUCGAGUUCAUCUGAAUCAAGUGGAAGUGGUAUAGUUGGACCUUCUCAUAAAAAAACCAGGGUUAUAUCUGAAAGUGAAUCAGAAUCUUGCACUAGUUCUGAUUCAGAAAUUGAUGAAGUAUUUCGACCAUGGACUUCCAAGAAAAAAUUACCAAAAUCAAGAACUGCACUUCGUUCGGAUUCAGAACACUCAAGUGAAGAAUAUACAUCACAUGAUAAAGAAUCCAAAAUAAAAAAUGAGGAUCAGUCUUCAGAUAGUGAUGAAGGUGAGAAAUGCAUCAUCUGCUUCAAGGCUUUCCACGGGGUCAUAGCACAUCCAUCUGGAUGCAGUCACAAUUUUCAUUCAGAAUGUCUUUUAACUUGGUCAAAGACUUCCAACACUUGUCCCAUUGACAGGGUUAAAUACACAGAAGUUAUUGUUACUGGCUUCAAUGGUGAAGUUGUAAGACAUAAUGUUGUUACUCCUCCUCCUCAAGAUCAUAAUAAUGACAUUGAGCCAGAUGAUACAACUUUCUGUGAGGUCUGUAAUCAACAUGACCGAGAACAUGAAAUGCUAUUAUGUGAUAGAUGUGAAGCUGGCUACCACCUUGAUUGCCUCAAUCCCCCACUUGACGAAGUUCCUAUUGGAGACUGGUAUUGCCCUGAUUGUUCUUCGCUACAAAAUGAUAUUGAUGAAGAUGAAGUACAGGACUUGGUAAGAGGAAGUAUUCUUAUUGAAAACAGGCUACGAGAUAGGCCUUCCCGUCUUCGGCCCCCGAGAAUUGGUCCCCGUACAAGAGCUGCACAAAGGAUUAUUAGUAACAUUAGGGAAAUGGCAAAUCAGAAUGAACUAUUACAGCCAUCUACUUCAACUUCUCGUUCAUCUAAUCAACGAACUCAAAGAAGAAAAAGGUCUCGUAGAAGAAGAACUCAUUAUAAAGUGGAAUUGAUAACAGCUGAAAAUGGAUCAACAAUAGAGGUAAAAGUCGCUGUUAAUACUAGAAGACGAAGAAAGAAGAAGAGGAAGGCUAAUGCUUGUAGAGGACGUUCUAAGGUUAAUCACUCAUUUAAGUUGGUUUCUUCAAAAGAAUCUGGAGCAACAGAUAAUUUCAGAACAAAUCUGAAUGAUGUAAAAUCACUUGAUCUUUUUGGCUCAAGACCGCAGUUAGAAUAUUUUUCAGGAUGUGAAGCAGAGGAUGAAUUAGAUGAAGAAGGCAGUGGUGGGUUAGGCUUAUUAAGAUCACGUACAUCAGGAAUAAGAAGUAUGGCGGGGAGAAAGCAAAUCGCUGCUCAGAUUUUGCGUUCUGCUCCCAGAAGACCUGUUCCAAGAGUAGGUUUGGCUACAGCUCCUCCAGAUCUGUUAUCGUCCAUAUUAAAUGAGCAGCAAAAAUGGCUUUCACCUAAUGCUGUCAUUCAGAGUAAUAGUAAUGGUGAAGUAAAAGUGACUCUUCACAAUCAAGCAGAUAAUAUUCGAGUGAAAAAAAAUGUUGGCAAUGAAGAGAAAACCGCUAAUGGCACUAAUAACCAGAAUUGCCAAAAAGAAGAAAAUACUUCUCAGAGCUGUGGGGAUUCUUCUGAAUCAGUUCCUCCACUUCCACCUCCUCCUCCACCAGUUUUCUCAAGAGCUUAUGAUGAUGAAGAUUUUGAUCUAUAUGCAGAUAUUGAAGCUCCAGUCGAUCCACCACUAGCUCCACCACCAGAGCCUCCUGCAUUAUUGUUAGCCUUAGAGGGUGAUGAUGCUGCGAGUUCACCCGAAGAUGCUAUGCUUGUCAUUGAUGACAGGCAAACAUACGACCCUGAUGUUCCAACUUCACCUCCUCCUUCCCCAGAGGCACCUUUAAAAGAAACAGUGGAAACUACUGAUCAUAUUUCUGCUGUAAAUAUUGAUAUAAAAAUUCCACCACCUAGGAUACCAUCUCCCAGUAAUGAAGAUGAUAUUGAUGAUUGCCCUAAUAGAGUAAUGUAUUCAGAAGCUAGUGUUAAUAUUGCAAGGGAGACGAAAAGCGAUUCAGAGUCAGAUUCCGACAAAGAGCCUGAUGUCGUAAACUCAAAUAUUUUACCCAAUGAUGAAAUUGAUACUGAAAAGAAGAAAGAGGACUCUGAAAGUGUGAGUGAUGUUGAUAUUAACAUAAUGGAUGAUGACAAGGAUGUGAAAGUAGCUCCCGAAGAAAAACUUCCUGAAGAUGAAACUAAAUUGCAAAAAGAUGUCGAGGAUACAGAAAAUAAUGAUGCUUCAGAUAAAACUUCGUUAAAUGAUAUUGAUGAUAAUAGUAAAUAUGACCCACUUAUGUCAGAUGAUGAUGUAUUAACUGAAGAACCUAAGGUAAAAGAUCAGUCAUUUAAAAUCCAGAAGUCAGAAGAACAAAUUUCAACUGAAUCAUUCUCGGAAGAUAAUUCUAUUCCAGAAAGUAAAAAACAAACUGAUUCUGAAUCAGAAGAUAAUAUUGAUCUUGAAAAAAUCAGUGAAGAAGACAGUCCCAUUAAAAAACAUUCAACUGGUGAUUCAUCAUUAGAAGGAAUAAAGCCUAUUAGUAAUGAUGAAAAUGAAGAAGUUAACACUGUUGAAAUGAAUUCUGAAAAUGGUGAAACGAAUCACAUUAAUGAUGCAGAUAAAAUGCGCCGUGAACUUGAGUGGAGUCGAGAGAGUACACCAGAUAAAAAAAUAACCUCUGACAAGGAUGUUGAUCAUGAAGGAGAAGAUGUUUUGGAAUUGGGAUGUGGUGAUGAUGAGCGAGAUGGUUUAGUUGAUAUUACUGAUGAAGAAAUAAGUACAUAUGAAAAAAGUUGGGAACUCGAAGAUAAUCAAGCCCCUCCUGAUAAAACGGUAGGCUUAGAAGGAUUAGAAACAGAAGCAAUUUCUGAUUGUGAGUAUAAUAUUGCAGAAGAUGGUCAAGUAGCUUCUAGGAUAAGUACUGAAAAUGGUCCUAAAGAAGAAGAAGGUGAAAUAAUAUCAGAAGAGAGAAGGCUUCCAGUUGCUUGGAAAAAAAUAUCAAAAAGUACUAAAGAACGAAGUUAUCGAGAAAAGGAUGUAACUACUUUUAAAGAAAAGACAAAGAAAAAAGAAAAGAAACCAAAAGAAAAAAGGAAGGAACUAGAAAGAUAUGAUGUCCGUAAGAUUAUUAGUGAUAAACCAAAAAAGAGAAAAGUUGAUGAAUUUGGAAGAGACAUUUCACCAUCAAGAAGUAGAAGUAUUAGCGAGAGUAAAAGCAGAAGUCUCAGUAGGAGAAGAAGUCGAUCAAGGAGCAAGAAAAGACGUAGCCGUGAUAGAAAAAGUAGAAACAGAAGUAGAGGUAGAAGUCGAGGGCGAAGUAGAGCCAAAAGCAGAGACAGAAGUCGGAAAAGAAGUAGGGGACGUAGCAAAUCAAGAAGUAGAAGUGAUAGUCGAAGAAGGAGAAGCCGCAGCCCCCGGAAAAAUAAAGAAAGGAGAAGUAGGGCUAAAAGUAAAGAAAAAAAAAGAAGAAAAAGGGAUUCAUCAAUAAGCUGCUCUAGUUGUUCAUGUAGUAGUUGUGAACAAGAAAGGAGGAAAAGUAAGAAAUUAACAGUAAUCGUACCUAAUAAACCUCUUACAGGACCUGCAGCAAAAGAAAAAAAGAAGGGAAAAUACAAAGAUAGAGUAGAUCUGAAAAGGAGGCGUGAUUCUCCUGUUCCUUCCAAAGAAGUAUUUACUUCAGGAGAUAAUAUUUUGGUUAGUGUCAAUUUCAAAUCUUCAAAAUCUGGCGAAGCUAGUAGAAAAGAACCUUCAAAGAAGAAAAAAGAUGAAGAAUCAAAAAAGAAGAAAGAUAAAAGUGCAAAGGAAAAUCAACCCUUAAGAAGUAUUGUCUCAAAAAGCAGCUCAAAUCAGCCAUCUCAAAAGAAAAGUAGAAUAAAUGCGAAAAAUCUAAAACCAGUAGCUAUAAUCGAUUUGGCACAAUCACCAUUUAGAGAACAGACAUUAUCACCAAAGGAAAUAAUUGUUUUAACUGACAGUGACAGUGAUGAUAAGAGAAAGCCAGAUGAAAACAACUUGCCACCCUGUCAAGUUACUGGUCCAAAAACUCCUCCUGAGCCACAUAUUAAGUUUAAUAUUAUUAGUUCCAAACCACAAAUGUUAAGAAGUUUGGCUAAUCCUUUGCUAGAUAGUUCUGAUCAGUUAGAUGCAGAUGCAGAUGAAGAAGAUGAUGAUAGGGUAGAAAUACCUCAUAAAGGGCCUAAUACUCCACCGGAACCACCUGUUCCAUAUGAUCCUUUUGAACCGACAAAAUCAAGGUCGCCAACACCUCUACAAGAAUUGGAGGAAAGUAGAAAUCCUACCCCUCCUACUGAAAAAAAUCUCCCUUUGGAACCUCCCCAAAGGCCAGCUUCUCCUCCCAAGCCACUUCCAGAAUCUCCUAAAACACCCUCUCCUCUUCAUUCUCCACAACCUAAACCCCCAGAAGAGUCAACUCCUGAGAAAGCAAAUAUAUCACCACCAAAUAAUUGUAAUGACGAUUCAAUGGAUAUGGGUGGAGGAGACUCACCUUAUUCUCCUGGUUCAUCAGAAGCUGAUGAUUUAUUUGAUGCUCCUGUCAGUCAAAUGAAUUCAUCUACUCCUAUUGCUAAAGUUAAACCUAGGCAACUACAACAAAAGCAUUCACAAAAAUUGACGCCAUCUCCCUUGAAAAGGAAACCAACUUCGAAUAAAGCAUCUACUCCUCUUAAAAACAGUAAAGGAAAUAACAAAAAAGAAACAGUUGGCUUAAAACUAGAUGAAGAUCAGCUGAAAAUAUUAGAUGAUCUUCCCAACUCAGCUGUGGAAAUGCAGGUAAAAGAUAAGUUCUUAAAAAAGUUAAACAGGCAGGAGAGAGUGGUGGAGGAAGUUAAAAUGGUUCUGAAACCUCAUUACGCCAAGAAACAUGUCACGAAAGAAGAGUACAAAGAAAUUCUUAGAAAAUCAGUACCUAAGAUUUGUCAUAGUAGAUCAGGGGAAAUAAAUCCCAUGAAGAUUCAACGCUUAAUUGAAGCAUAUGUUAAAAAAUAUAGGCACUUAAAGAAAAAGCGGAAAGCACCUACUUUCUCUGCUCCUGAAUCUCUUCAACCUUUAAAACCCAAACCUAAACAAACUAUGUGGUGCUGAGAAACAAUUUUAGAAGGAACGAUAUACGAUCUGGUUUGAAAACCAAACUUCUUGUGCAUUGCUGAUAAAGUGAUAAAGAGUGGAACUUAGAAGUGGAUAUCUUUUUAAUUGCUCACCUUAGCUUGCGUUGUGAGUUAUGAGUUGAAGGAUGUUAUAUGAAACUUAGAAUUGCAUUCCAACAUACCAUCACAGUUAGAUAAAUUGAAUUCAUUACGAAUUUACUUCAAAUUAAUAAAGAAAAAAAAGGAGGUUCCUGUCAAAGGAAAAGUUUAUUUUAGAAAAAUAAUAGGUUUUAUAAGUCUGUAAAUAUUUCCCGUUACUGAUUUUAUAUAUCCACCAAUAUAGACAAUUAAAUAUAAAUGCUGCGCCAAUUUUGUAUAACUUUUACAAUUAAUUUAUUUUAAAUUCUAAUCAAGGUAAGAAUGAGGCUACAACUUGAAUUACAUCUUAAAGAUGUUUUUAUUUAAAAUAAAAAAAUAAAUGAAAUAAAAGAAGUGCUAUUGUAAUUGAAAAAAAUGAAUGAUUAUAAAUUAUCAUGAAAGAGAAAAUGUUGGGUAAGUUUUUUUUACCUUAUUUCUUCACUGGAAACUUUACUGAUUUGAACUUAUCACCGUUAGGAGAAAAAUAAAAUUUUAUCAAGAUGAUUAUUCUUAUGACAUACAAUUAUUUAAAUUAAUUUCUGACUGAAGAACAAUAAUUGAAAAAAACUAAUCUGGAUUGUGAAGUGAAUGCCACAUUUUUAUUCAUUUAAUAGAUUGAAACUAUUUCAAAUCCUAUUCUCCCAUAUGCAUCUUAUUGUAGCAUUUUUAUGGGUUCCAUAUUUUUUGUCUUUCUUUGAAUGGGUAAUGAUUAAGUGUAUUGAUGUAUAUAUACAUAUUUAUUAUAAAAAUAAGUUUUGUAUAGUUUUUAAUACAUGAAGAUGUUAUAAUGGUGGUUUUUGUGAAAAAUGUAAUAUAAUUAUGUACAUAAAUUUUUUGAUGUAACUACCUUAAUAUAUCAUUGUUCUUCAGUAUGGUGAUUUAUUGAAGUGUAAUUAUAAAUAAGGGUUUGUGAUUGUAUAUUGGUUUGAGAUGCGCUAUUUAUUCUACUGAAUUUUGAGUAUAAGUAGCACAUUGAAUGAUAGCUUUAUUGUUAGUUACAUGCAUUAUUUAUUUUUAUUUAAAAAGAUAUUAUUUUAUGUUAUUUUUUUUAUUGAAAUAAUUUUAAUUCACGAUGCA